CCUCGUAGUUGGUCCACUCUAUACUUUUCCGGCCGACAGAAAAAUCCGACGCCAACACAGCCACGUGCAACCGCACAACGUUGACGGGUCUCUCUCUCUCUCUCUGUCUCUCUGCACAUAUAUCCACACAAACGUAUUCUUCUGCAUCCGAAGUUUACAUAUCACUAUCGAAUUGCAUUUUGAGAUGGGCUCUAACGAUGACGACAGCAAGAGGCCGGCCAUUAUGGUGACCAACGACGACGGAAUCGAUGCAGCGGGUUUGCGAGCUCUGGUUCGAAGCCUCGUCUCCACCAACAAAUACGAAGUCCUUGUUUGCGCACCUGAUUCGGAAAAGUCUGCUGUUAGCCAUAGCAUUACUUGGCAGAAUGCUGUUUCUGCUAAGCAAGUCAGCAUUGAUGGAGCAACAGCUUUCGCAGUUUCUGGAACCCCAGCUGACUGUACUUCUUUGGGAAUCCGGUCAGCACUCUUCCCUUCGAAGCCUGAUCUGGUAAUCAGCGGCAUUAACAUGGGUAGCAACUGUGGUUAUAACAUUGUUUACUCGGGGACAGUUGCUGGUGCUCGGGAGGCCUUCUUCAAUGGUGUACCUGCUCUCUCUUUAUCAUAUAAUUGGGUCGGGGGUACAAGUAAUACGGAUGAUUACACACUGGCUGCUCAGGCUUGUUUACCCAUUAUAAAUGCCAUGUUGGCUGAGAUCAAGAACAAAACAUUUCCCCAAAAAUGUUUCUUGAAUGUAGAUCUUCCUACAAACGUUGCAAAUCAUAAGGGGUUUAAGUUGACCAAGCAGGGCAAAAGUAUAGGGAAAAUGAGAUGGAGGCAAGUUAAUUCUGAUAUGCAAGGCGGAAAAAUGCUGUCAACAAUGACAAUGGAGACAAAUUCAUCAUCAAGCACUGAGAUUGAUUCCUCAACUAAGUCACAGGAAGAUCUUUUUUUCAAAAGAGAAGUAAUUGGAGCAUACGUUGAAGAUGAUACAGAUUCUUAUUUUCUCCAAGAAGGAUAUAUAACUGUUACUCCUCUUGGUGCCCUAUCUCCUGCAGAGAUAGAAUCCCAGGCAUACUUCAAAGAAUGGCUUCCAGGUGUAGCCGAACGCUUUUCUUCUUCAGCAUUAUGAUGGGGAGCUGAGAAAAUUUAAGCGUGUUUGGGCUUUGGUGAAUUAAGGCCUUCCAUCCAGGCUCACAGCCCAUUGGACAAAGGGCAUGAUUGCUGGAGAAGACCACAAAACAGAAGGCAGAGAUUCCCUCUUGGGUUCUUACCAUUGGUGUUACUAUUGUUUGGUUCAAUUUCUAUUCCUUCCUGUCGUUCCAGAACUUUUAUCCUCUAAAAAUAUAUAAAACCUGACCCAAUUUAGAGUAUAUUUGGUAGUCUUUAUUUUUUUUUUUAAUUUCAGUUUUCAUUAUUAAUUGUCCUUUUUAAAUUUGAAAACAAAAAACAACUAUAAAAAUAAAAUAAAAAUAAAAAAUAAAAAAUAAAAAAUAAAAAAUAAAAAA